AUGAUUCACACGAAUGUGGAAGAAACAGUGUUCGUUGAGCCCGAUGUGCGAAUCACAUCGAUAUUUCGUGUUCACCCUUUCACUUUCACUGAGGGUUAUCGCUAUCUCACAGCAUUCAUCAGAGAGUUGAAUGAAGCAGUGAAGGGAAUCCGGACGAGUGAUGCUUUACUUAUAACAGAACCGUCUAAAUCACUUCUUCACCUUCUUGAUAUACUUGAGAGCUGGCUCGACGAAGUGCCGCAGCCGGAAAACAUCGGUGAGGGAGAUGGCGGAGAUCCUGCUUUUCGUAAAUGGUUCUCGUUGCUUUCCAAGAAUUUGAACUCGCUAUUAGAAGGUCUUCUACGACCAGAUCUUUAUCCUGCAAUAGUGGAACUGUCGGCAUAUCUUAUCGAUUCAUUCGGGAGGCCGGAAGAGAUUGAUUACGGUGUAGGAAAUGAGGCCUCGUUUCUCAUCUUCCUAAUGUGUCUUUAUCGCAUUGGUUUUCUUGAUGUUGCCGAUCAAAAAGCCGUCGUUUUAGGAGUGUUUGACAAGUACCUUAAGCUAUGCCGAAUCCUGCAACAGAAGUAUCGGAUGCGACCAGCGAUUGUUGCUCAAUUUGCCAUCGACGACUACCAGUUCAUACCCUAUGUCUGGGGAAGCGCCCAGUUGAUAGGAAACGACGUGAAUCUCGUCCCGGAGUCCUAUGCGGAUAGGUCGAUAGUCGAUAAAUACGCGGCAGACUAUCUCAUCUUUGAUGCUGUUCAUUACAUCUUUCAGGUCGCACUCACUGCUAGGCACCACAAAGAGCAGAUCAGUACUGCUGUCUGA